AGACGGCAUAUCAUUGGUUAAAAUAUUUGCAAAAAAAUCACACAUGUCAGGGAAACGCCAAAAGAUAUCUAUAUGAUACGUACACUGUAGAAAAACGCUUUAUUCCUUUUAGUCAAUUAAAAUUAUUGGCAAAUUCCAAUUUACGAUCAAACAAUCUUCACUAAUCUUGAACUUCCUGUUGAAUAUUGCAACCAAUCAGGUGACGUGGUUCAAAUAGACUAAGGGAGUUACAAAUAAAUACAUGCAGAGCAGAUGCCCGGCUUGAGGGUAGACGAUGUCGUCAACAGCAUCUAGGUUUUUUCUUGCGGGCGCCAUAUCUUUUGCAGUCGGGUGCUCUAUUUUUGUUUAUUUUUCGGAAUCAGAAGCUAAAGCAAGAAGAAAAGCAGGUCCCUUGAGAGAUUUGGAGAGGCAGAAUCGAAAAAAACAAAAUAUUGUGGCAUUACAGGAACAGCGAAAGUUGCAGGCAAAGUUAGAGAGGGCAUCACAGGAACAACAGGAUAACAAGUAAAUGACUUGGGAUGAAAAGAAUGGCAAGUCAAGGAGACAUGGUGUUGAGUUUUCAUGACAGUUUGCUCAGGACGAGUGAUGUGGACACUUUGGUGCCUGGAAACUGGCUGAAUGAUAACAUUAUCGCAUUUGCUUUUGAAUAUUUUGAAAAAGUACAAUUCAAGUUGCAUGAAAAGGAUGUGUCAUUUAUCAGCCCAGAUGUUACCCAGUUUAUUAAACUUAAUUGUGGUGAUGAACUUGGGAUAUUUUUAGAGCCGUUGUGCUUGACAUCCAAGAAAUAUAUUUUCUUGGUUGUUAACGAUGAGAGUUCAGCAGCUAGAGCUGGAGGAUCACACUGGAGUUUAUUAAUGUUUUCAAGACCAGAAAAUACUUUUUACCACCACGAUUCUUGUAACAAGUCCAAUACUAAAUCUGCGAAAGUUGUUGCUAUGUCUAUAGAAAUAUUUCUCAGGGCAACUAGAAAAGUACAGUUUAAAAAUGAAGAAAGUCCACAACAGGAAAAUACUUGUGACUGUGGAAUGUAUGCAAUUUGCAACACAGAGCUUUUGUGUAAGAAACAUUUAGAUGAAGAUGAAGUGGAUUUAAUUAAUACUAUUACACCAGAGUAUGUGACUAAAAAGAGACAAGAGAUGGUGAAUCUGAUUCAUAAAUUGGCAAGCACCUCUAAAUGACAUCCACAGAUGAACAUUUGAUAAAUGCAAAUAAAAACAUUAAAGUACAACCCUGGCAAUGAAACAUACAAAAUAAUGGAAGAGUUUUCAGACAAAAAUUUAUCAAUAUUUCUUCAGCCCAUUUUCAAUAGUUAUUUAAAUGUCUAGGGUUUGGGGCAAUUUGCUAGUUCAUAAGAUGAUGCUCAAUGUCAUUUUUUCUUCAUCUAUAUUUUCGAAGUCAAAUAUUGACAACCUAAAUAAAAAGUGCUCUUAUAUUGAAAAACCUUGCAAUAAAAGUACAAUAUUGCUGGUGUCAGAAUGUCAGCACUUUUUAUCAAUACUCAAAAUAUGAAUAACAGAAAUAAUGUCUUAAAGAAACAAUAAACAUGUUUAUG